AGUGAACAGAGGUGAUUGUACUCAUACACCAAUUGACACACUCUAGUGGUUCAUGAUUCAUGGAUUAUGAUUUCAACAUAAGUAUGACUAAAUGCAUGCUAUAUUUAUAUGUAAAGCAAGUAAACAUCAGAUGUUUAUGGGUUUAACUCAGGCAGUUUCUAUGUAUAAAGUAUAGACAUUACUCAUGAUGAAAUUUUUUCGUGACUUUAAAAUUACACAACAAUUUGGAGCAAACAGCAAUAAUUGGUGAAGUAAUUUAGUCUGAUCAUAACCAUAACAUGUUGACAAUGGGAUAUUUAUACAGAGUGGUAUUUUUAAUGACAGUGGUCUCUCUGAGAUACAUAUAUGUAGAUGGCCUGUUAUGUCCAGUUGGAUAUAGACUGGUGAAAGAUGCUCUAGUUGACAGUGUUGUCUCUAAGAACUUAACAUGGACAGAGGCUGUAAUGGCAUGUACCAAAAGGAAUGGAACAAUCAUUGAUAUAAGAGACAAUCAAUCUAAAAAGAUCGUUUUCAAUGUUAUGGAGAGAUUCAAACUGGGUAGUGCCUGGAUUGGACAUUCUGGUGAUAUUGUAGAAGCAACAAAUCCAUCAGAAAUAAGAAAACCAUAUUUUAUCAUGGAGUAUAUUGAUGAUGAACAAUUUGAAGCUUCUUCAUAUUACUUCUACAAUUUGUACCUCCCAGAAUUAGCGAGAUUUAACAGUGAAAGCGCUUGGGUACCUCAAUAUGAUAGGCAAGAUCAAUGGAUUCAGGUAGAUCUGGAAGCCACAAUGUGUAUAUAUGGUAUUGUUACACAAGGUAGAAAAAAUCCAAGUUGGAGGACGACGGCUUACAAACUGCUUUACAGAAAAGAUGGUGACAACUUCCACACACUUCAGGAUAAUGGAGAAGAAGAAUUUCCUGGUAAUAGGAACGCUGUAACACCAGUUGCAAGAAACUUUACAAAACCAUUUGAUGCACAGUUUAUACGUAUAUAUCCACAAGAUUGGAUAAUCCAUCCUGCAAUACGAUUCGACCUCCUGGUGUCAAAAGAGACCUGCCCAAUUGACUUUACAUGUGGAAAAUGUCCAGCUUUAGUGAAUACAUCUCAAAGGGACUUAGCAAUCCAGUAUGAGUCAUGUUGCUCCAAGUUACCAUAUAUCUGUCAGACAGAGUCGUGUGAAUUGACAACUGAAUCCCAAUCAUCUUUGACUGAUUCAGCUAUUUUGAAUGCCUCAACAAACCCCCAUAAAGGAACACCCCCUUCCUCAAGUUCCACUGUAGGACUUGCAAUAGGAAUGGUUCUCUUUAUGAUUAUCUCAGUUAUCUUACUGAUUUUACUUGUCUUUUUAUAUCGUCAUCUUAACAAUCUUAGAACCACCACUGAUGCAGAAAAGACUGAUCAUAAUGAAAAUAACAAGAAGGAAAUACAACAAAGUGACACUAUGGUCACGCCAAACUUACAUGAUAAGACUGAACUGAACAUAAAUAACAUUGAAUAUUUUGCUAUUGACACUAAAGAUAAUGUUGAACAAGAUACAACGGUAUAUGAGGCUAUAAACACUGACUUGGACCAUACUGAAAAUGGCGAAUAUGAAUACAUUGAAGAAAAGAAAGAUGAUGGAAACGAAAUCUUGGGUAAUAAUAUGGAGACUCCAUAUAUCACUCUGACUGAUGAGGGUGUAUACAGUGAAGAGAAGAAAGUGGUUGAGAAUGAAGUGCAGGAGAAUGGGGCUAAAGAGCCUACAUUGCAUGACUCUCCAGAAGCUGUGGAUGCAUAUGAUGAUGAGAAAGUAGAUGACAGUGAAAUCCCAGAUGGAACUGAUAUGCUCAACAACGAGAUUUAUUCAGAUAAUUAGGGACGUUUAACAAACUUUUACUUUUAUGCAAAAUCAGUACAUUGGGAUAUGUCCAUAUAAAUAGCCAAAAUAUACAUUUAAGGAUGGAAGAUUUAUAACAUAAAAUACUGUAAUCUAAAAUAUCGAAUUGCUCAUACUUUAACUCGCAGGUUAUUAACUCCCAACUUAUUUUAAGCUGUGUUUAAAUAUCGAAUAUUUUAUAGGGAUUAUAGUGCUUAUCCCAAAACAAUUUCAGUAUAAAUCAAAAUACUACACCUGUAUUAGGUAUGUAUAUAAAGAAAUACUAAGCAUCUAAAAAUCAAACUGAAAGUAAAAUUAAAGGCAAAGCUAGGUGUGAAGUUAUGGCAAUAUAUUAUAAGAGAUAAUAAGACACUUAUGAUGUGUUUUUAUGUCAACAGCACUAGUAGUGACACACUGUUCUAGUCUCCCACAUUUUGUGGAUGGUGCUUCGAGCUUAGCAGUUGGUGUUCGGCAUUCAGGUCUGUAACAAAUGGCAGGUGGUGACAUUUUCAUGUUUUUUAUAAUACGCAAGGAUUAUUUUGUUUAGUGUCACCCUCCCUCAUAUGAUUCAUAAUUCAAAGGUUUUUUCAGUUCAAUAAAAUCACUUGAAUGUUUGCCAUAUUUUUAAUCACAUAAAGGAUGAAGUUUGUUUUUACGAGCAGACAAGGUUUUUUCCUUACAAACUGGGAAUUUUUAUACCCAAUUUCCUGUUUAUAAUCAUACAAAAACAUUUA